CUGGCGUGCGACAGCGCGGCGGGCGACUUCACCAUCAGAUCGAUGCGUCGACGCGCACCCAACCCGCGCGACGUCGUCAUCGAGGUCAAGUACUGCGGCGUGUGCCACAGCGACCUCCACUUCGCGGCCGGGCAGAUGUCGGGCGUCACCGGCGCGGUGCAGUACCCCAUGUGCCCGGGACACGAGAUCGCGGGGGUGGUGAGCGAGGUGGGCCGCGACGUGACCCGCUUCGAGGUUGGGGACAAGAUCGGCGUCGGGUGCAUGGUGGACUCGUGCGGACGAUGCGCCGCGUGCGAGGCGGGCGAGGAGCAGCGGUGCGCCGCGGGCAACGUCGCCACGUACGGCGGAAUCGACAAACACGGACGCGCGGCGCAAGUUCCCGAGGGCAGGCAGACCCUCGGCGGAUACACCGAUCGUUUCGUCGUCCACGAAAACUUUGGCGUCAAGAUCCCGGAGUCGUAUCCCCUGGAACUCGCCGGGCCGGUGAUGUGCGCGGGGGUCACGAUGUACGACCCGAUCAACGCGUUCGGCGCGGGGAUGGGGACCAGGGUCGGCGUCGUCGGCCUCGGGGGGUUGGGUCAGUUCGGGGUGAAGAUCGCGAAAGCGCGAGGGUGCGUCGUCACGGUGAUUUCACAAAACAAAUCCAAAGAGGCGUUUGCGCGACGUUGCGGCGCGGACGAGUUCGUCGUGUCCUCCGACGCGGACGAUUUCGCGAGGCACGCCAAAACCCUGGACCUCGUCUUAAACACCGUCCCGGUGUACCACGACUACGCCAAGUACCGCGCCUUGCUGGUGGACCGGGGCGGACGGCAGGUGAUGCUGGGGUUGCACACCGGGUUCAUCGGCGCGUUGCUCGCGGGAAGGGCCGUCGGCGUUAAAAGGUCCACGCUCUCCGGCAGCGCCAUCGGGGGCGUGCGCGCCACGCAGGAGGCGAUGGACCUGUGCGCGGCGCACGACAUACGCCCCGACGUGGAGGUGGUGCCCUGCACGGCGAUUCACGAGGUGUACCAACGGUUGGACGACGCGAACGACUCGGGUAAGCGAUACGUUUUAGACGUGGCGGGGACGAUGA